CGAGGGUUGAAUCACUGUCUACGUUUCGCUGCUGCCUCUUGACUAUCUGAUUAAUCAACUGGCCCAGUCCCUGGCUAGAAUGCCUGCCUGAGCUUCAUCGCUAUCAGGUCGGCGCUUCGCGAACCCAUUCUCCACGCCGGACGGAUCGCUCAAUGUCGCUGGAUGACAUCUGUUGGUUUUCGUCUGGGAAUAUUGUGUUACCAAUUGGAGAUUCCUAUUAGACGGGCAUAUUUGUACCGUUGUUUCGAAUCGAUGGCUGGACUAUCUUCUAAACUCCUCUGAAGGCGACACAUAAUCCGUUUCUGGAGCGGUUUCUUUGUUAUCCUGUCUUUCCCUGACUGUCGACUAUUCAUCCCUUUUGAAGGUCUUUCGCUAAGUUGACUGUAAUCUGCGCUGGCUGCAAUACGUUGUUAAAGAUCCCGUCAGGCCUGUCUCUCUUCAUUCCACUCCUUCUGGAUCGCAUUGUUUGCGCCAUGCUCGACGACAAAGAGAAGCCCCCCUCCCCUUCUGCCGAUAUCCCCCUUCACGACAUCGAAUCCGGUUCUCAUCGUGGAGACUCCUCGCGUCGCAACAGUACCUCUGGCCUGAAGCCGUACCUGCAAGAGAAAGUGCCUUAUUUCGAACAAGCUCCCACCGACUGGUUCGAUCGCCUUGAUGCAUGGUUUAUUAGACUGGGAAUCACCCUUACACCCAGCUUUCUGCAGCAUUGGGUUGGCGGCCAUCCGCCCCAGGAGUCAAAACUGCAUGCCAUCGCUGCACUUGAUGGAUUGAGGGGCUGGGCCUGUCUGCUAGUAUUCAAUUUCCACUUUCUCUUCACCUACACAUGGAAGGUGGCAGUCGGGUGGGGGUUCAACCGGGAGAAUUUUAGCGUGCUGCAAUUGCCUAUCGUUCAUCUGCUCGUAUCCGGUCACAUCAUGGUUGCCAUCUUCUUCGUUAUGUCUGGUUACGUCCUGUCUUAUAAACCGUUGAAAACCAUUCGCAACCAGUCUUGGGAAGAGGCCUUUGCCGUCCUGGCAUCAUCAACAUUCCGCCGCGGAAUGCGGCUCUACAUCCCCUCCAUUAUUGGAAUCCUGCUUGUCUUACUCGCAGUCCGCGCGGGCGCCUAUCAUUACUCCCACCAGGUCAUCAGUGAAGGCUAUACGAUUCAGGGCACGAACGAGCAGCACCCACCGCUCAUAAUCGACCUGCAAGACCAAUUGCGGGAUUGGUGGGGGACGGUAAUGGAGCUCGUGAAUCCAUGGUAUUGGCAUCUUUACUACAACUUCUACAAUCCUCACCUCUGGACGAUCCCGGUAGAAUUCAGAUGCUCCAUCGUGCUUUUCAUCACGAUACUCGCAACAUCGCGCCUAAUGGUCACUGUCCGAAUGAGCCUAGUUGCCUGUCUGAUUUGGUUCUGCGUGAAUUGGGGCAGGUGGGACGUCGUCCUCUUCUUGUGCGGCAUGCUCAUGGCCGAGAUUGACCUGAUCAACGGUACAUGGGAGCAUCCUCAAAUGCAGGAAAACCUACCCGCCUAUCAUCGCAAUUCCAUCAGUAGGCUCAAACGCAGCCUCGGAGCAUACAGCCAAAACUGGUGGCUGGCCAUCUUCAUUAUCGGCCUUUAUUUCGGCUCCUCCCCGAAUCUCGGCUUUAAAUGGACACCCUUUUAUAUGUGGCUUGCUAAGUUCACCCCAAAGACAUACCCGGAGCCUCACCGAUUCCCGCAGACCAUCGGUGCUGUCCUGAUCGUUUUCAGCGUCAACCAUUCCCGUGAAAUCCAGAAACUUUUCGUUAACCCCGUCUCGCAGUAUCUUGGCAGGAUUUCGUACGCCUUCUACAUCGUUCAUGGCCCUAUUCUCCAUUCCCUGGGCUACUCGAUCAUGCCUUCCAUCUGGAAUGUCGUCGGCAAGGACACUAAUUUCAGAUACUGUCUCGGCUUCGUGAUCGGGUGGCUCAUCUGUCUCCCUGUGUCUAUAUGGGCCGCAGAUUUAUUCUGGCGUAAUGUUGAUGUCCCCACCGUCAAGUUUGCCAGGUGGUUAGAGGGAAAGCUCACUGUGAAAGGAGCGAAGAAUAACAGAAAUAACAGUGAUUAUAGUAAUAAUAAUGGCGGCCGGCGCUUCGAUUGACUUUGCUUCAAUAGAAGUAUAGAUCAUGCGUUAUUUCUAGAUUCUGGUCCCUAGAGUUCUUGUUAUAUAAUCAAAUCAAAGUUUUGAAAUCCGUG